UCCCAGGUUUCACCAUGCUUACGAUGCAAGUUGCAGAAGUGGAAGCUCUGAAGAACAAUCUUCUUCCAUUUCUCCAUCUUUCUCAGUUCGCAAAUUUCAAAUUCUCUCGUUCAACGGUCUCCCUCACUGCCUCCCGCCCCCAUAGCACCUCUUGCCUUUACGUACAGCUCAAAAUUUCAGAGCCUUUCUUCACUCUCUUGUCCAUCAAUCCCAAUGGCAUCGAAGAGUUCCAUUCCUGUCUUCAGAUCGACGACUUCUUCCUUGCCACCUCCCUCACCGGCACCGACGAUCGUCUCGUUACCUUUCUUAUGCCCGAUGAUUAUUCCUUCACUAACCUCUUUUUCACAACUCGCGUUGGGCAUUUGCAAUAUAACACUGCAUUGGCGAUGAGUCCUCCCCUUGAGAUGAAUAUGCCUGAAAUAGAUGACGGACCAUUUGUCGCCAUUACUGCAGAAUGGUUCAGAGACAUUGCAACAAGAUUAAGUGGCUUCAAUACCAGAAUUUGGGUUACUGCAACGGUUUCACAAGUGGUAUUCUCUGCUGUACUAAUGGAAUUUAAAGUUCCUAUAGAGGAAAAUCGAUGCAUGGUCGGAGGUUCUAAUUUUGGUGACGGAGUUCGAUUUUCAGUCACUUUCAUUCCCCUACAAUUUUUUAUUCAAGCAUCAUAUCUUGACAAGAUGGUGUAUUUCAAUACUUCAACUGACAGGAGCAUUUUAGUGACAUUCUUAACUGGGAAUUGGACAAACAUUGUGGCCUGUAACCCUGAAGAUCGUUGGGAAGUUCUACACAAGUAG